AUGUCCUCUCUUCCUCUAUUUUCAUUCUCCUUUUCUUCCAUCCUUUUUUCUUUCUUUUGUUCCCUACCUCCUUACACAUUCCUACUAAUGUCUUUCUCUCUUCCCAUAUUAUUAUAUCUCUCUUUUGAGACUUUCAUACUCUUUCUUUCUUUCUUUCUUUCUUAUAAUAUCCUGCUUUGCAUAUUGCUUUUUUCCCCGGAAGUGCUGUUCGUUUGUUCCUUCCUUCUUUCUUCCUUUCUUUCAUUCCUUCCUUUCUUUCUCCCUUCCUUCCUUCCUUCCUUCCUUCCUUCCUACCUUCCUUCCUUCUUCCUUCCUUCCUCUCUCCUUCCUUCCUUCCUUCCUUCCUUCCUUCCUUCCUUCCUUCCUCACUUACUUCCUUUUUCUUUCCCUCCAUUCUUUCUUUCUUUCUUUCUUUCUUUCUUUCUUUCUUCUUUUUUUAUUUUUGUUUACAUUUUUCUCACAAAUUUCACGUUUCUUUCUUUCUCUCUUUCUUUCUUUCUUUCUUUCUUUCUUUCUUCUUUUCUUUAUCCCUCACACUUGUAUUCUUUCUUUCUUUCUCUCUUCUAUUUUGUAACGAGGAAAAUCUGCUUUUAUUUACUUUGUCUCUUUAUUUUAUUUGUUUGUUUCUUCUUUUUCUUUCUUUCUUCCUUUUAUUUCGUAACGAGUAAAGUCUGCACAUUUCAAGCUAUUCCAUAUUUUUACAUGCGAAAUAAAUAUAUCUUUUUUGCAUUCUUUCUUUUUUUUCUAUCACUUUUCUUUCUUUCUUUCUUUCUUUCUUCUAUUUCAUAUUUAUUUAUUUAUUUCUGUUUUUCCUUCAUUUUUCGUUUUGUCUUUCUUUCUUUCUUAGAUAUCUCUAUCUAUCUAUCUAUCUAUCUAUCUAUCUAUCUAUCUAUCUAUGUACUAAUAUUAUUUUUCAUUUCUUUCUUUUAUUAUUCUUUCUGA